AUGACGGAUCUCUCUCUUUAUUCUUCACAAUUUAAAAUGCGUAUGUUUGCUAAUUGGGAGUCUGAUCGGUCAAAUUCAAGUACUGUUCAAAGAGUAUUUCUUUUAUCUAUUAAUCGUUUAACUUUAAACUCAAUAUCAGAUGAUCUUGCCAAUACCUUAGUAAUUACUUUUAAAUUACGUAGUGGAAAAAGAUCAUUAAGAACAAAUGACAUUAAUAUUCCAUUAUCACAAAAUGACAAGAUAACUGUUGAUCUUGAUUUAUCUAUUACCAUACAAUAUCCUCAUUUUUUAAAAAAAGCUAAUACAUUACUUAUAUUAAUACAGAGGAGAAAAAAGUAUGGUAAAAGAAAAAUUCCUGGAUUUAAAAAUAUAGCUGUUGGAAGGUUAAAUUUAACGGAUAUCUUACAACAUGGUAGUUUAAAAGAAAUAACAUUAUGGUUAAUGAAUGAUUAUAAUAAAAGUGAAAAUUUAAAUAAUGAAUAUUUAACUCCAUUUGGUGUACUUAAUGUAACCAAUUGUUCCAGUCAAGCAGCACCAUCAGAAUUUAUUGAAAAAUCAAAAAAUGAUGAAUUAGGAACAUUAAGUGAGGAGGAUGAUGAUCAAGAUUCUUCACAGGAAGAUAAUAAUAUAAGAGAUGAUUAUAUUAGAAAUAACCUUUAUCAUAAUAUUCAUUCCAGGAGAAAUAAACAUUCCAGGCAGAAUCCUUCAACAAAAAAGAUAAAUCAAAAAAAUCUUAAACAAAAAUUUGUUAAUUUAAUGAAAAAACUUAAGAAUACUGAUGUUGAUGAACCUGAAAAAGAAGGAAGUAUUGUUAUGGCAAGAACAGCACAAGAAUUAGAGGAAUGGUUUGAAGAAUUAGAAAAUUUAUCUGAUUCAGGUCCAGAAUUUGAUAAUGAUCGAGUUAGUAUAAUAUCAAAUCCACGUCCAGGAUUAAGACCAUUUUUUGGUAGUACAUCAAAUGUUGAUAUUUAUCCAGUUCUAGAAAAAUAUCAAAAUAAUUUGUCAGAGGAGAGUGUUGAGACUGAUGAACCAGAAACAUCAUCUGAUCAUGAAAUAGGAAAUGAAUCAUAUACAGAAUCAUUAUUUAAACGUGAUUCUGAUAUUCAUAAAAAAGAAUCAAUAACAAAGGAUAAUUCUAACUAUAAUACUAAUAAACAACAUAUCCAUGCACUUUCUUUAGACAUGACUGAUAAAAUAAAUACGGAAAAAAUUUUACGUUCAUCAACAUUACAUUCAUUGGGUGAUCAAAAAAAAUGUUCAACUCAAAACAUAUCUCAAACAUUUGAUUCGAUCUCAUUUGUACAUGCACAAUCUUGCCAACCAUCUACUCCAAAUAAAAAAAUUGAAAGUGAACUUUCAUUUACUGAAUUAUUAUCUAAAACUUUAAAACUUGAUGAUACAUCUUUAGUAAGCUUAAAAAAUGUAUGGAUAAUAUGUACACAAGAUAUGCCAUCAUUAAAAUGUCUAUAUAAUCUUUCCUCUGAAAUUAAAAUACUUGAUUGUUUUUCUUUAAUUGAUACAAAAGCUGCUAUACAUGGUAUAAUUUCAAAAAUUCAAAAAUUUUGUAAUACAAAUUCAUGUGAACCAGAUGAGACAUUAAUUGGUGUCUGUGGAAGUGAUAAACAUAUUUCAAAUAUUGUUCGAGCAUACAUUGAUUCAAUGCAAAAUAAGACAUCAAAUAAUUGGACAAAUUAUUUAAGAUUUGUCGUUAUCUCACCAUCAUACUCAACUGUUGGUCGAUUGUUAAGACCACUAAAUUCUGACUUUUCAAAUUUAAUUGAAAAUUUUUGGAUUAGUUUAUCUUGUAACAAACUUACAGAUGUUGAAGAAUUAAUGAGUAUUUUGUUAAAUUUAAACAAUGUAUUAAAAACUAGUCAUGAUUCUCCAAAUAGUUCUUCAGGUGAAGGUUUAUGUUUUAAACGUUUAAAUUUACCAUUAGGUGAGGUUAUGCUUCAAUCAUCUACAAAUGAACAAGUAUCAGUUUCAAGGCAAUUAUUUAUUCCAUUUAUUUUACAAGUUACUGUUGGUGAUAUAGAUAAUAUUUUAACAUUAAAUAAAACUAAUUCAAUGGAUAAUGGUGAUAAACUAAUACCAAAUAAUAAUACACAUUGUAAUGUUAAUAAUUUAUCAAGAAAUACCUAUUCCCCACCACAUUCACCAUCAUCAAUAAAAGGUGAUACUAAAGAAUUACAGAUUGACUAUUGGACAGUAGCACCAUCAGCAGCUAGGGAAGCUCAGGCAUCUAGUGAUAAUUAUGCUUUUGAUAGAAAUAUUCAACCAAGGAAAGAUUUUUUUUUAAAUAGUGAAAAAACUACAUUAAAAACAAACUUUAAAUAUCUUUGCAUUUAUAGAGAUUUACUUUCUCAAUUCUUAAAUUUUCAAUUUGUAAAAGAAAAGAAAAAAGAUAAUGUUUUACAAAAAUUUGCUAGAAAAAAAGGUGGUAAAAAUGAUUUAACCUCUUAUCAAAACUUUAUCACUUCAAGUAUUACAAGAUUAAUUUGUCAUGCUAAACAUUCAAAUUUUGAAGUAACUAUUGAUGGUAAUGUCUAUACUUCAAUUCGUUUUUUUCAAAUAUCUUCACAAUGGCAAACUCAUGUUAAAUUUUUUCCAAUUGCUUUACCGACAAAUAAUAUUUAA